CAACUAGGUCCAGAGGAAUCCAAUCAUGCUUCCGAAAUUGAGAUGGCUCUCAUGGCAUAACUUUCCUAUCUUUUUCAAGUUCACCGCACGUUCUCUUAAGAAGCUAGUGAUUGUUGAUCUAUCAAGGAGUAAAAUUUCAGAUGAGUGGGAGGGAUGGAACCACCUCAAGACGGCAGAGAAUUUGAAGGUUCUAAAUUUGACCGAUUGCAAAAACUUGCUUAGAACUCCUAACUUUUCCGCUCAUCAAAAGUUAGAGCAAUUGAUUCUUGAAGGGUGCAGAGAACUGGUUCAAGUUGAUAGGUCUAUUGGUGAGUUAAAGCAUUUAGUGUUAUUAAACUUGAAAUAUUGUGGGAAACUUCACACAUUGCCAGACGAGAUGGAGGAAUUGGAAGCCUUGACGGAACUUCUUGUUGAUCACACAUCUAUUACCAACAUUCCUGAAUGGAAAGGAAUGGAGAAAUUGGAAACUCUCGGUGCGGCUUAUUGUAGAUUACUGAGUGAAUGCAAUUUAGCUGGUUGCUCAACAUCACUAUCAUAUCUUAACUUCACAAGUACCGGAAUUAGUGAACUUCCAUUUGGAAAUUUUGGAUCUCUCAUUGAGUUGAAUCUUUGUUGGACGAAAAUACGAGAGUUACCCAACUCAAUAGAGACAAUGAAGAAUUUGAGAGUACUAAGGCUCUCUCACUCCAUCUUAGAAAAGCUACCUAGCGCCCUUGGGAUGUUGGAAGAGCUUGAAGAGAUUGAAGCUGGCGAUUGUCAAUUUUUGUAUGGGGAAAUUCCAACUGAGAUCAGAAGAUUGUCGUUUCUAAAAAUCUUGAGGUUGACGGGAACGGGAAUUUCCAAUAUACCUAAGCUUCCUGAAAGUAUGACCGAACUAUACCUGACCGGUAAUCGACGGAUGAGAUGUCCAGAUCUCUCGAACCUAUUAAAUUUGAGAGUUUUGGUGUUGGAAGUGAAGUAUCAAAACCCUUUUGAUCUAGCUCCAAGCCUCAAUUGGAUUGGAGAGUUAAGAAAGCUAGAGUCCUUGUGGUUGGGUGGUGAUGGUCUAGUCACCCUACCUUCAAAUUUUAAUCUCCUCGCGAAGCUUAGGAAGCUCAAACUUGUCCUAAAUAGCCUAGGAUGCCUACCUUGGCUUCCCCAGAAUUUGUCAUACUUCCAUUUUGUUGGGCAGCAGUUAAUGUCGAUAAAUCUUUCAUAUUUGGGGAAGUUAUUAGAAUUGAAAGAUGAUGGUUGUGAACAGCUAAUAAAGAUUCAAGACCUCGAACAUUUGAAAAACCUGCAGAGGCUUGACCUUGCUAAUCUUCCAUUGCUUGUGAAGUUGCCUGACUUGACAGGCUUGAAGAAACUCUGGAGCCUUGCGAUAGUUGGUUGUCCUAAAUUGGUUGAGGUUCGAGGUCAUCUAGAAUCGUUGAAGGAGCUCUAUUUAGAGAAGUGUGAAUCACUUGCAAAGCUGCUUGAUCCACUAACCUUCAAGCAUAUAGAAAACUUAGAUAUAUCUCGCUGUCCGAAGUUGAAAAAGAUUCAAGGCCUGGAAAAUUCGGAGAACUUAAUAGACUUAUGUUUGUGGGGUCUUCCGUUGCUAGAUAAGUUGCUUGACCUGACCAACAACAAGGAGCUCGAGCAUCUUGACUUAUAUGAUUGUCCUUGUCUAGUUGAGAUUCGAGGUAGGCUAGAAUCAUUGAAGGGACUUGAUAUUUUUAAGUGCAGGUCCCUGCGAAAGUUUUCUGAUCCUUCAAGCUUCAAGAAGCUACAGUACUCGUCUAUAGAAGAUUGUGAAAAAUUGGAGGAGAUCCUAAAAUCCGAUGAGUACAGAUAUUUGAAAAAAGUGAGAGUAGGCGGAUAUCACAGGCAUGGUUACGUGCGCAGAGGAUCACGGAGAAGAGAUAUCGAACUGGAGUGGUGAGGAAUAUUAUCUCGAAAUGACGUGCGUAAGUGGGACCCCACUCUUAAGAAAUUUCAACUCUCUCUCUUUCUCUCUCUCUCUCUCUCUCUCUCUUUUUGUUUUUUUUUGUCUUUCAUUUUUCUUCCGUUGCGCUCUCUCUUCCUCUCUCUCUCUCUCGCCCUCUCGCGUUCUCCAUACUUCGUCUUCCUCCCCUCAUCAGCGACGACCCGAGCGAGAAGCUCGCCCAGAGCCAGCAGCGACGGCGACUCCUAGCCGAAUCACGAGACGCGAUCCGACCCAGCGGAGAUCUCCCUCCGGGGACUGCGACCACGUCUUCCUGCCUGCCGCUCUGUUCCCACGAAGGGUUAAUAGACCGUGGUCUUCCUUUUCCAUUUUGGUUGCAGCUGACUGAGGCCAACGAGGGUUCUUCCUUCUCUGCCAUCUUCAUUUAGUUUUCUUCAUCUUCACCUGAAUCCCUUCUCUGGUUUUGACAAUUUCGAUGAUGCUUUCAAAUUCAUUGAAGCUCCAAGUCCUUGGUAGCUUGGAAGCUCAAGGAACAGGAACUGGUCCCCUCCAAGAAGCUGCAAUGCCGACCUGGCCUUCCCCCAAAUUUGCUGUACUUAGAUACUGAAUCAUGCAGGGAAAUAAAAACAUCAAUAGACCUUUCAAAUUCAAAGGCGCCGUCAGAUUUGGAAGUUGCCCCUGGGCGUCGAGAGAAGCUCCCAAGAACCCUCUCCUCAACAGUCCCACGCAGUAUAAGCCGUUCUUUCCUUUCCACUUGUCUGGAUAACUCGGCUUCAUUGCCCUAAAGUGAGUUCAGAGGCCUCCGAGUUUUGGAGAACCCAAGUGCCUUCAAGCUUGGAGGAGUACCAUCUAUGGACAAGUUGCCUGACCUGACCAACUUGAAGAAGCUCCAGAAAUUUUAUCUGCAGUGAUGUCCUAAAGUGGUCGAGAUCCAAGGCAGACUAAACCGGAUCCAUCAAGCUUCAAGAAGCUAAAAUCUUUUUGUAUACACAAGCGUGAGAAGGUAGAAGAUUCUCUGAGUUCUGAUGAUCGGUGGAGGAUAUGAAGGAAGAGAGGCAGUCUGAUCUUGCGGAAUCCAACUUGUCCGAGUAUCUUUUUGUUGUUUUCAGGAUACUUUUAUCUCUUGGACUUCUGAGUUUGGUUAAUGGUAGAGAAUGUAAAUGUAAGUUGCGCACCUGAUUUCAGUGGUUGGCCGGCAACUCAAAACUCUGUAUAUUGCAAGCUCCUUAUGCUUAUGUAAUAAUCAGAAAACAUCAGUACAAAUA